AUGUCCUCUGCUCAAGAUUCCGCCACCAAGAUCUCUAUCGAUAGAUUCGAUGGAGACAACUACGCGACGUGGAGCCGCUACAUGCGUGGCGUGUUCCUGACCAAGUCGACGUGGCACGUGGUCAACCGGGAGACCACCCCCACCUUCGCCGAUCCUCGCGCCAGUGAUGAGUACGUCAAGACGAACAACAUUGCGUUCGGCUUGAUGUUACUUCACAUGAGCGCGGACUAUCAUCACGUGGUUGAUGACUGCGACGAGGCAUGGGUUGCGUGGACACGGUUGAAGACUCUCUACGGCGGAUCGCAGAAGGCGGGACGGAUCUUCUUGAAGCGGCAGCUGUUCAGCAUGGAGAUGGCGGAAGGCGGCAAUGUGUUGCAUCAUUGCAACGAGGUCCUCAACAUCAGCGCAAAGCUGGCUAGCAUCGGCGCCAAGAUGGAGGACGAGGACGUUGCGAUCUGCUUGUUGUGCAGCCUCCCCAAGAGCUACGAGAACGUCGCAAGGGAGAAGACGACAUCGGUGAAAACUGAAGAAGCGACCAAGGCCUUCAGUACCGAGCGUGAGGUUCGUCAGUGUACGUUCUGCGGAAAAUUGGGGCACACGGUGGAAAAGUGCUGGACCAAGCAGAAGGAAGACAAUCGGGGAGCUCGACGCGGCGGCAAUGCACGUGGACGCGGAGCGAAUCAAGUUCAGUGGCAAGGCUACAACGGCAACAGCAACUGUGACUAUGAUCGAGUGGCGUUUGCUGUUUCGCUGGAAUGCGGACUUUCAAUGACCAAGAGCAUGUCUGGAAUGUGGGCGAUUGAUAGCGGUGCAACACAUCACAUCUGCUAUGACAAGUCCAAGUUCGAAUUUCUGGACGAGCGCAAUGAAGGCGAAGUGUUGGUUGCAGAUGGGAACAAGGCUGCGAUCAACGGUGUCGGGACAAUCAUCGAAAAGGUGACCCUGUCCAACGGUGAAGAGCGCGAAGUCGAGAUCAAGAACGCGCUUUACGUCCCAAGCAUGAACAAAAACUUGCUUUCGAUACCACAAAUCAACAAAAGCGGCAAGUUUCAAGUGGUGUUUGAUGGUGACGAGAUGAAGAUUUCGCACAAAGGCUCCAAGCAAGUAAUAGCGAUGGCCGAUCUUGUGGAUGGCCUCUACUGGCUUCGUACAUCCCAACGAUCGGUGAAUGCGGCUUCAGGACCAAGAGUCGAAAACCUUCAUGCGUGUAUGGGCCACGCACCGAUUGAUGUCUUGUGCAGAAUGGUCUCCAAGGGCAUGAUCAAGGAUGCCAAGAAGCCAGCAAAAUUGAGCGGAUCAAGCGUGUGUCAAGGUUGUCUAGAAGGAAAAAUGGUUCAACGACCGUUCCCGAGCAAUCCAAACAAGCGCCACUACGAUCCGUUUGAGCUUCUACACAUCGACACUUGUGGUCCAAUGGAAGUCGACUCGCUAGGUGGAAGCAAGUACUUGCUACUGAUCGUCGAUGAAGGUAGCGGAUGUAUGAAGGGUUUCAGUCUGCGCGCCAAGUCCGACAGCGAAGAGUGCAUCAAGAAGUACAUCAUGGCAGCACAGACGCAGUUUCACUACAAGGUCAAGUUCGUUCGACACGAUGGUGCACGAGAAUUUGCGGCGAAUUCGCUCAAGGCAUUUUACGAUGAUCAAGGAAUCGAGCAGCAAGUUACCGUUCCGUAUGCGCAUCAGACCAACGGCACGGCGGAACGGGCAAUUCGGACUAUUGUGACGAUCGGGCGCAGCGUGCUUCACUACGCCAAGCUGGACAAGUGUUUUUGGGCUGAAGCAGCAAUGACGGCAAUCUACAUCAAGAAUCGCCUACCAUUGCCCAAGUGCCAAGAUCAAACCCCGUUCGAGAUCGUCAACGGAUUUCGACCAAGUAUGAAGCACAUGCGGGUUUUCGGUUGCCGAACAUUUGUGCUGACCCCUAAGGAAAAGAGAUCGAAAUGGGAUCCGAAGGCUCGUGAAGGACUAUUCAUGGGGUACGAAGAAGUGUCAAAGGCAUAUCGCGUUUACGACAUUGAAGCAGACCAAGUGGUGAUAUCUCGCGAUGUCACAUUCGACGAAUCAACGCUUGGUUUCUCGCCGAGGCUACCACAAGAAAUUGUUGAUGACACUGCGCUGGAUAUCGAAUCGAUGAACAUCAGCGAUGAGCCUGUUAAAGUCUGA